AACUUCAACUCCCAGAAUCCUCGGCGCACUCGGAGGCGUAACGAGCAGAGUAUAAGUACGAUGACAACAGAAGCUAGGUCAACAAUACCUAUCAGAGGUGUUAAAAGCCGGCUCAGAGAGCGGACUUUAGAUUAUUACAGCAGCUGAUAAACCGUAGACGUCGGUGUCUCAUUUACAGCUAGCUUACUCUGAUUAGCAGCGCUGCUAACGGCGGGUAAACAAGCUAACCCGGGUUCAAGACUCCGCUGUCAGCUGUCAGACCAAAACAUGGCCAGUAAAGCCAAAGUGGCGGUGGGCUUCGUGGUGGUGGGGGUCCUGUCGGUGUUAUUUGGGACGAUUCUGACUUUCGUGGGACCGAUAAUCAUCGACGACCAGAUAGUGAAGAACACAGUGAUCGACCCCAAAAACACCAUGUCCUACACCAUGUGGAAAGACGUCCCCGUUCCCUUCUACAUGUCCGUGUACUUCUUUAACGUCCUCAACCCGCAAGAGAUCCUGAAGGGAGAGAAGCCCAUGGUGGAGCAGAAAGGACCCUACGUGUACAGGAAGCGCAUUCAGAAAGACAACAUCACGUUUCAUCCCAACUACACGGUGUCCUACAGGGAGUACAGGAGGUACUUCUUUGAACCGUCCAUGUCUGCAGGGAGCGAGUCUGACAUCGUCACCAUUCCUAACAUGUUGGUCCUGGGCGCCUCAGUGAUGAUGGAAAACCUGCCCUACCCAGUGCGUUUAAUGAUCAGCGCCACCUUCAAAACCUUCAAAGAGGGGCCCUUCCUGACCAAGACGGUCGGGGAGCUGAUGUGGGGCUACGACAGCGGGCUGGUUGAUUUCCUCAACAAAUACCUGCCUGGCAUGCUGCCUUCUUCAGGAAAGUUCGGCCUCUUUGCUGAGUUCAACAACUCCAACACCGGCCUGUUCACCAUCAACACCGGGAAAGACGACAUCAGGAAAGUCCAUGGAGUCGACUCGUGGAACGGCCUGACUGAGCUGCCUUACUGGAAGACACCUCAGUGCAACAUGAUCAAUGGGACAGCGGGACAGAUGUGGCCCCCCUUCAUGACUAAAGAGAGCACACUACCUUUCUACAGCCCAGACGCCUGCAGAUCUAUGGAGCUUGUUUACCAGCGACCAGGAGAGAUGCACGGGAUCCCUCUGUAUCGUUAUGUUGCACCUAAAACCUUGUUUGCAAACGGUACUGAUUACGCCCCCAAUGAAGGCUUCUGCCCCUGCAGACAAUCCGGUCUGCUGAAUGUCAGCAGCUGCCGCCACAAUUCUCCCGUUUUCAUCUCUCACCCUCACUUCUACAACGCCGACCCGGUGCUGCUGACCUACGUGAACGGCCUGAAUCCAACUGAAGAUGAGCACGGCCUCUUCAUCGACAUCCACCCAGAAACAGGCGUCCCUCUGAACGUAUCAAUCCGUCUGCAGCUCAACCUCUACAUGAAGAGCGUGUCGGCCAUCACAGAGACUGGGAAGAUCGCAGAGGUGGUGAUGCCAAUGAUCUGGUUUGAGGAGAGCGGUUACAUCGACGGCCCCAUCCUCACCACGUUCCACACAAACCUGGUCAUCCUCCCCGCCGUGAUGGAGUACAUGCAGUACAUAUUCAUCGCCCUCGGCCUGCUGACGAUACUCAUCGCCUCCCUGGUGCAUCACAGGAUUAAGAGGUCUAGAAACGCUGCAAAUAUCCCCAGUGUGUCCACAGUGUUUAGCAACCCCGGGGCUACGGAAAAAGGGCAGAUUAAAGCCUCAUAUGACCAUGAAACAAAGGAGAAAUGUUUCAUAAGUAACUCAGAGAAAUAAACGUGAAGGUGGAGCAGCAGCUGAUGGAAACCGGAGCACUAAAACCGAAGAGAAGGACCCUCUAUUACAAGACGACACAGACUGACACACAAUCACAAACAUAAAAACACACACAUAUCUAUCAAACACAGCUGGUGUUGUGGACUCACCGAUGGCUAAUGGGUUUUUAGCCUGUUGAACAGAAACUGUCGCACGGUGCUCCUCUCGCUGUGCUUCCUGUGAAGCUUCGUCUCAUUUUACUGUAGAGUCGAUGAAACCCUGGGCUGAACAAUCACGUCUUUAAAUGUGUUUUUGUGUCGAAGCUGUCGGGUUGAGACUUUUCAUCUCUUCAGGCAGAGCUGCUGAAGACGCUCUGCCACUUAGAACCACUUUUUGUAAAAAGAAACCAAAGCAAUCCCGCUCUCUCCAUUUAAACGGGAUGGUUUGUGUGUUUAUUUUGCUCGGCUCAGUUUAUUCACAAUGUUUACAUCAGGAGCAGUUUUAGACAGUUACAAGGGAACAUAAAGAGCUGGUGAUCUGAUUAUGGACUGCCAUGUGUACUGUACUUUGAGACCAACGUGCCUUUAUAAAGGGGAAACAUUUCUUCAUGUCUAAACUCAGGAUAACAAAGACUGAACUUCUAGAACGAGCAGCGUAUCGGGCAGAGCGGACGCACUCCUCUUUGUGAACUACUGUCCUUCAGUGUGAAUGUACUGUAUGACUGGUCUCUUUUCUUGUCAAAUGAAGAAAAUAUGGAGGUAAUAAAUAUGCCUUUGUUUAAAAUUUA